AUGACUACGUGUCCUUCCGCANAUCUUGAGGUGGAUGCUAGUCCUUCGAUUUCCAUUCCUGAUAGGGCUGAUAUUCUGAUUGGCAUGUCUACAGUGGAUGACUACGUGUCCUUCCGCAGUGAGACUGGCAGUGUUUACAUUCAAUCCCUCUGUAAGAAGAUGAAGUUGCUUUGCCCACAGCGUGUGGAUCUCACAACCAUCCUGACAGAAGUGAACAAUGAAGUAGCAGAAAGAGAAUUAGAUGGAUCUAAGCAGAUGCCAAAGAUAACAUCAACUCUACUGAAGCAAUUGAUCUUUGAAGUUCCACAAUGAAAAGUAGACAAAUAAGAAUACACUCGGUUAGGAAUGACAUCUGGAGUGGGCUUGGACAUGGAAGUGAAUCUGCAUAAGAAAUUAUCUGGAUUUGUGUAGUAGCCCCAGCCCUUUAAUGAGGCAUGGGACCUAAAUUUUCCAGCUUCCAUAUUGAAUCAGUCUUCCAACUCCUGGAUCAGUUGGGUAAGGGUGGGGAAAACUACAGAUCAUUUUUGUCCAGCAGAAGAAGUGGAAUAUGUUCAGUCUGGGUUUCAAGUGAGAAAGGACUUUCAAGUAAUAUUAUAAAAGUUAUUGGAAAUGUCAAAGAAGCCCCAUUUGUGUGUUAAGUUGUUUCAAGUCCCUAAAAUCUGAAAAAAGAACAGAUUCAGAAUGCCAGAUGCAUUCCCAGGUAGCAGGUUGUAACUGUCUUACCUGCGGGUAAAUAAUUGUCUGUUUUGAUUAUGAUAGUUUAUGAUAAUGAUUAUGUUAGUUUGGUUCUUCUAAAUAUUUGGUUUAGUUAAUGACAAUAAUUUACUUUACUUAUACAGCCCAGCUGUAUAAGUUUUUCAAUAAUAAAAGUCUACACUUUCUCAGAGCUCUCAGGACACAGUGUGUCUUGAAUGACUGUAGAAUACUAGAAGUAAGCUGUGUAACUAUGUUUCUGUUAUAAUAAAUUCUCUUUGUUUUUAUAUCA